CGUUUCUUGUCGCGUCUCCGGUGUGUUGAAAGCAUCGUUGAAAGUUGAAAGUGUAGUUUACAAAGUUUGCGGUGCUCCGAGAUGAAUAGUUUCAGCACCAAGUCGUCGCCGUGUAACCACCUUUCGUGCACAUCGAGACUGAUGAAUUCGGUCUCGUUAUUAUGAUCGUCAGUUUAGUUUGGAGACUCGAGCCGUUCAGAAACCGCAGUUGUGUGCCGUCGCUGUUUCGAUCCGCUCUUCAUACGAUGGGCGACUUGCGCUUAAACAAUCCGUUUGCGAAAUUUCCAGACGUCGAAAGUGUGCUACUAGAAGAGUUCCGGACGGCGGGAGUCACUGACGCAGAGGACCGGCUAUCACGUCUCAAAUCCUGGUUGAGCCUGCCGCCGCAGUACACGACGGUGCGGGUCAACACGCGUCUCACCAGCACAGAAGCGGCCAAGGAAUCUCUACAGCGUCACCUUGAUGAGAGCUACAAUGUACUGGCACCACAAGUCCUGUGCCAUCCUUCCAUUCCGGACUUGUUGGUGCUGGCAGGUCGGCACAACUCUUCUCAUGUGAAGCCAUCCCUGCGAGAAGUGGUGGUUCGCCGGGACUGUGCUGAAGCCGUUCUGAGAGGAGCUCACGUUUACAUCCCUGGUGUUAUGGGUGCUCCUAAAGGACUGCAGGCUGGCCAAGAGGUGGCUGUCUAUGGUGACCUUGAUGGCCAGUGCUUGAGGGGCCGCACUCGGCCGUAUCGAGGACGUCGGGUCUUCAUUGGCAAUGGAACUGCGCUGGUCUCCAGGGCGGACAUCUUUGUCAACCAGGUGUCCGAGGGCUGUGCCGUGCGAAUGACCGAGCCAUUGUCAGGUUGCCCUCCACUUGGAGGACUGGAGCCGUCACAACUCUUCUUGCAGAACUUACCAUCGGCGCUCUGUGGCCACAUUUUGGGGCCGAAACCCGGGGACACUGUCCUUGACAUGUGUGCUGCUCCUGGAGGCAAAACAACACAUCUGGCCACCCUUAUGAAAGAUAAAGGUCUGGUGGUUGCCCUGGACAGGUCUGCAAACCGUGUGUCCAAGAUUCGAAGCAACUGCGAACGCUGGCAGAUCUCUUGCGUUCGCACCUUCGCACAUGACGCCAACGAGUUUGACUCGCUUCCGCGUGAAGGUACAGAGAUUCCAGACCAGUUUGACCGCAUUCUCCUGGAUGCCCCCUGUAGUGCCCUUGGAGGAAGACCUCGCCUGAGCUAUGAGCAGUCGGCGAAGGCACUUCAAUCUUACCCUCCCCAGCAGAGAGCGCUCUUGGAAACGGCUGUGAGGCUUCUCAAACCUGGCGGCCUGCUGUUAUACAGCACGUGCAGUCUGUCAACUGCUGAAAAUGAAGCCAUCGUUGCUUGGGCCCUUCACCGGUUUCCUCAGAUUCAUUUAGUUAAACAGGUCGACGUCAGCACACAAAAAGUCCUGCAGUUCAACAGCGUCUGGUAUCGCUCCAUCGACACUGCGAAGCGCGUCCCAUGCUUCAGCUGGAGUCUGCAGGUCAUCGGUGCUUGCAGAAGGAACAACCGUGUCCGGCAAAGCUGCCGAGGCGUGCAGACAAGUCGCGAAACCGGCAUGCUUGAAGCAGCUUUGGAUGACGGCGGCCAAAGUAACAGUCCUCACCGUGGCAAGCAUUUUCAGGGCCAUAAAACCGUCUGUUUCCGAUGCUUGUUGGUGGAAACGUAUGUGCCCCUCUUUUCGAAUGAAUGGUGCUGCAGUUUUCAAACUUCUAGGUUCUAAACAAGCUCAUCGUUUGAAAGAAAAGUUGCAGAUCACUAUCUGAAACUUUCGUUAUUGUGGGAGUGCUUUUUAAAAUCUCUUUGCUGUUGAGAGGAGGCAAGUGCAUUGAACUCUAGAGACGUUCGCAAGGGACGCCAGAUUUCUUCGUUGCCACGACAAUUUUGUGCUUGAGAACUUUCAU